AUGGCGCUUCUCUUGGACUCGUGGAUUAGUGAAUUCAUACUUGUCGUUUCUGUAGUGACUCUCGUUAUCUACCUGUGGUUCGACCAUGGCUUCAAAUACUGGAAGAAGAAGGGCGUACCUUUCGUGGAGCCAAGCAUUCCGUUCGGAAACUUCAGGAAAAACAUUUUGGGUCAGGAGCCCCUUGGUGUAACGACGCAAAGCUUAUACAAACAGCUAUCAGGAGAGCGUUAUGUUGGACAUUUCGGAUUCAGUCGACCGAUUCUUCUAAUUCGUGAUCCAGAGAUCAUACGCCACAUCCUUGUGAAGGAUUUCUCGACGUUCCAUGAUCGAGGAAUCGUACUUGACGAUAAAGAACCACUGAAUCAUCAUUUGUUUGCCCUCACUGGACAAAAGUGGCGGCAACUUAGGGUCAAAUUGAGUCCUACUUUCACGUCUGGCAAACUGAAGGGCAUGUUUACGACGCUGUCAGAGUGCGGCCGCGAGAUGGCAGACGUGCUGGAGGCGGUGGCCGAGCGCGGCGACACUGUGGAAGUGCGGGAACUGGCAGCCAGGUACUCCACUGACAUCAUCGCGUCCGUCGCCUUCGGCAUCGAGUGCAACUGCCAGCGGAACCCAGACAGCGAGUUCCGCCAGUGGGGCCGCAGGAUCUUCAAGCCCACCAUACAGUCGGGCAUCAGCAGCAUCCUCGCUUUCAUCAGUCCCACACUCACCAGACUUUUAAGGAUCAAGGGUGGAACUGCAGCGGUCAGCGAAUACUUUCGUCGCAUGGUUGCAGACACCGUAGCCUACAGGGAGAAGAACAAUAUCACGAGGAAAGAUUUCAUGGAUUUGCUUAUUCAGCUCAAAAACAAGGGGGUUGUUGAUCCAGACAAUUUCGCAGAGCUGACACUCAACGAGCUGGCUGCCCAGGCAUUCGUUUUCUUCGUAGGCGGCUUUGAAACCUCUUCGACGACAAUGAGCUUCGCCUUGCACGAACUGGCUCUCAAUCCUUCGUUGCAGACCAAGCUGCAGGAGGAGAUAGACUCGGUGUUCAAAGAAUAUGGAACGGACAUCACCUACGACUCCAUUUCAAAAAUGUCCUACCUUGAUAAAGUGGUGUGCGAGACACUGCGGAAGUACCCGCCCCUGCCCAUCCUGAACAGGGAGUGUAACAAAGAGUACAGGAUUCCUGGCAGCGAUCUAGUGCUGGAAAAAGGAACGGCGGUCGCCAUUUCCGUGCUGGGCCUCCAGCACGACCCCAAGUACUUCCCGGAUCCCGAGCGCUUCGACCCUGAGAGGUUCUCGGAGGAAGAGAAAGCCAAGAGGCACCCCUAUGUUUACCUGCCGUUCGGGGAGGGCCCCCGCAUCUGUAUAGGUAUGAGACUCGGUCUGUUGCAAGUCAAGGUGGGACUCGCUUACCUGUUGUCGAGGCACAAUGUGCGGACCACGGACAAAACGGUGACGAACCUCGAGUACAACCCUAGGUCCAUUAUACUUAUGCCUAAAGGUGGCAUCCAACUACGGCUUGAAAAGAGAUUCUAG